AACGGCGGCAAGGUUGUGCUGCUGGACAAGUCCGCGUUCUGCGGUGGUAACUCGACCAAGGCCACCAGUGGAAUCAACGGGGCUAACACCAAGGUAUUAAUGAUACAUGUAUUGGAUAUGCUGUUGUUCAGUUGGAUUUUGUUCUCUUUUGUUCGGGAAUCUGCAUGUCUUCGUUCAAACUGCAAGCUUACGCAUGCAUUUGGUGAUGUGAAACCAAGAUAAUGGAUCAAGUCUGUCAUGCUGCUCAAACCACUUACCAAUAGCAAUACCACUACAGACCCAGCGUGCCAAUGGAAUUGAGGAUUCCGUGGAGCUGUUUACCAACGAUUGCUUGAAGGGUGGUGCGAAGAAGCCGGAGUUGGUCAAGGUAUAAAAAUAGAUGUAUGUAGUUGAUUGACUAUUGAAGCAGAACUUUCAGCUGUCAUGCCUGGAUAUGCAUGAUUGUCCAUUCGAACAAUUUGUACAUCAACUACAACGACUUGUUAUCAUGUAGACAAGUUGUGCAAUACAAAUUCACGUCAAAAAAAAGGUCCUCGCCGAAAAUUCUGGUCCGGAUUGCGACUGGUUGAUGGACGUGUUCGGUCUGGACCUCUCUCUGGUCGCCCGUCUGGGUGGUCACUCCGCCCCGCGUACCCACCGUGGUAAGGAGCGCUUCCCGGGUAUGACCAUCACCUACGCCUUGAUCCAGAUGGUGGAAAAGAUCGCGGAGAAGACCAACGGUUCGGUGGCGAAGGUCGUCACCAAGGCCAAGGCCACGAGCCUGAUCUUCCAGGGAGGAAAAGUGAUCGGCGUCAACUACGAAAAGGGUGGCUCCAUGCUGAAGGAAAUGGGACCGGUCAUCAUCGCCACUGGCGGGUUCGGCGCCGACUUUUCCCAGGACUCUCUGCUUGCCAAGUACCGCCCGGACUUGAUGCACUUGCCCACCUCGAAUGGCGAGCACUGCACCGGUAGUUUAAAUUUCCAGCUCGUCUGCUGUACAACCUUAAGAGAAUGAUGAUCGUUAUUUUUGAAGAUGGGUCGUGUUCAUCUACUGCUCAUCACAGUAGAAUGAAAACAAUACCAUCAAAUCCGCAGGUGACGGUAUCAAGAUGGGUGAAGCCAUUGGUGCGCGGACCAUCGAUCUGGAGUGGGUGCAGGUCCACCCGACCGGUUUGGUGAACCCCAAGGAUCCUGAUGCGAAGGUGAAGUUUUUGGCCGCCGAGGCGCUGCGUGGUGUCGGUGGUUUGAUCUUCGAUGCUGAUGGCAACCGGUUCGCCAACGAGUUGGGUCGCCGCGACUACGUCACCGGUGAGAUGUGGAAGAACAAGGGACCCUUCCGUCUGUGCUUGAACAAGGUAAAACUGUAA